AUGUCCUGUGGUCAGGGCCGGGGUCAGGGCCGGGGUCAGGGCCGGGGUCAGGGCCGGGGUCAGGACCAGGAUCAUGGGGCGUACUACCCUCACAAACAGCAACAGCCGGCACCCCCCUACUCCGAGCCGCUUCCUCUGGCUCAGCAGCAGUACUUAGGCAACGAGAUGCCAGUGCUGCCACCGCAUUUCCCACAGCUGCCCGUCCAACCUUACCAUUCAACCACCGAGGAGCUAAAGGGCCACCCCCCAUGGGAGAAGGGAUUCGCGAAGGGCCGCCAGGAAUUUGUCAAUAGCUGCCCGUGCAAAAGGGCAAAGAGAGGCCCCUCCCCCAGAGCAAAGGUCCAACCUUACCAUUCAACCCCCGAGGAGCUAAAGGGCCACCCCCCAUGGGAGAAGGGAUUCGCGAAGGGCCGCCAGGAAUUCCAGGCCCCCAAGGGCCCCCUGGCCCUCAGGGCCCACCAGGUGCACCAGGACAAGGGUUGCCAGGCUUGCCAGGAGCCCCUGGAUCUCCUGGCCUACAGGGAUAUCCUGGGGUGGGGAAACCUGGGAUGCCUGGUUUCCCCGGCAAACCAGGGACAUCUGGAUUCCCUGGACCUAAGGGUGAACUUGGCCCCAGUGGUGACCAGGGGCCCACUGGGCCUCCUGGGCCCCCGGGACUGCCUGGCCCAUCUGGCCUGCCAGGGCUCUCCAAACCUGGGGGGCAGGGCUUCCCUGGCCAGUCUGGUCCCCUUGGGGAACCAGGGCAGAAGGGGCUUCCAGGACAACCUGGUGCUCCUGGCCUAA